AUGAUUGAGGAAAUUGGAUAUUUUUUUACAAAAACUAUGCUUGAUAUUAUUAUUAUUGCUCAGGAUCUAUCACUUGAUGAUGGGGUUGAAGCUAUUUUAUCAGCGCCUAGAAGACGCCUACUAUUUCAUGGUAUGAAUCAAAUGGAUAGAAUAAGCGCUUUAAAAAUCCCCAAACCAAGCUCUUACAAGUCUCUAGACGAGAUAACAAAGGUUUUUAUUGUUUUAACAUGUAAAAACAAGAACUUGGAAGUGCAACAUAUGAAAUUGGCAUCAUUUUUAUCAUGCACAGUAAAUGGAUGGAUUGGAGAUGUUCAAAAGUAUGGAUCUCGUGUAUCAAGCGAUGAGGAUGAAGGGGAGGAGGUAGAAGAGGAGUUCAGUGGGAAGGAACGCCCAAAUGAGGGGGUUAAUUUUUUUUUCAAAGUUCUUAAUAGUCAAAAAAUGAUAUUUGAAUGGAAUGAUGGGCAUGCAGUUAUUAUAUGGGGAACAGAAAUACAAAUUCCAUUUCCUCGUAUACGUACAUCAAUACCCAAGGUACAGCUAAAUGUAUCAAUUACAGUGAAACCAGAUACACUUGUUAUGUUUAAUGAGGAAGAGAAGAUCAAAAGAGACUAUAUGUCAAUAAAUGUUUUAGAAAGUCUUUCAAGUGAAACAAUGGUAUAUGGUGUUACACCUUUCUUAUCUAUGUCAAGGGUUUCAAAUAUAUCAAUUACAUCAAGUUCAGAUAGAUCACCAGCUAUACAAGUUCUUCGUAAGGUUAUUAGAAAAGUUUUUUCUUGUAGAUCUGCUAUUAGUUUGAGAACAAGAUCAUCUAUGACAAUGAUACCGAAUUUUCAAAGAAUAUUAUUAAGUGUAGAUAUAGAAUCAUGCUUUUUAAAACAACUUUCUGUCUUAAUUGAGAAUAUAGAAAUCAAAGUAAAAGGACAAGUUGCACAAAGAAUUGAAAAUGAAACCAAGUUUCCAAUUACACUUUCAUUUCAGGAACAAUUUCUUAUACUUUAUUAUAUACCAUUUGAUCCCUCUAUUGAUCAAGGAAUUACAGAUCUUUUAACACUUCCAGUAACAAUUUUUGUAAAGAUGAGACCUCGGUUAUUAGAUACUAAUUAUACACUUCUUUUAAUGUCACAAUGGCAUACAACAAUUCAUAUAUCAAAAGAUCAAACACAAGUUUCUCUUUACAGAUCAGUUAUUCACACUGAAGCUAAAACUUUGAAUUCUAGUUUAUUUUUACAAAAAUCUCUAAUCAAUACAAAUAGCGAUCUAUCAAAAUCAAGAAGUUCUUCACUUUCUAACGCAAAAUCUCAAUUUUUGAAUAUCUUUUUUACAUUUACAGCACCCAAAUAUGUUAGAAUUUGGAAAGUUUUUGAAGUAAAGAUUGCUUUAGUCAAUCGAUCUGCUAUUCCAAAGGAUAUAUUCAUAUCAUUGCUUUCAAAAGCUCACAAUUUCGAUUGCAACAGUCUUCCCUUUAUUUCAGAAAAAGGUUCUUGUUUUUUAUUAGAAGAAAAUGCUAUCUACGCUUUACACAAACACAUUUCUGUCAAUCCUGUACAUGUUCUUCCUCUUAUAAAUAGUAUACGUGUCGGGUAA